AUGGAGACCAUGAUGCCUGCCCAGGCUCAUGUGCAGAGCAACAUGCAAGUCCCGGACGAACUGCUCGCCCUAUUUUCGCGUAACCUUACGUUCGACCCCGAGCUUCAGGCCGCCAUGGCUCGCGAGCAAGCUCAACAGCAGCAACAACAGCAGAUGCUACAGUCUGCCCCUGCUCCUGCACAGGCCGUCUACUCGGCCUCACAGCACUACACGCACUCGUACCACAUCUCCAAGCCUCGCAGCCAAGAUGCCGAGACGCAACCCCAGCAAGCUUUCCAGCGACCCUCCUCGGCGCCCCUCGAAAAUGACGUCUCCCAAGCGGAGGCUAUUCUUCGAAGCUACGGCGUCGAACCCUCUCUUCUGACACCCUCCCAGCUUCAACUCUUCAAGACGGCCGAUGAUGACCAGAAGCUUCGACUCCUGGAACUCUGGAGCAUCUGCCCUCCGAACGGAGCCCAAAAUAUACCCGCGCUCGCGUGGAGCAGCACAUCCCUCGAGCAGGAGGAACACCUCGCCCGUGUUCGCUACGAGCGCGAACAGCAGAUGAACAACACCAUGGAACAGGCACCCAUGGAGCAGAUUGCCAACGGGCGCUGGACCCAGCCUGCAGAGAGUGAGCCCUACAUGGCUUCUGGCUACGAGGAGCUCAUGCGCCGCGAAAACGAGCGCAAUGCCGACAAGCGGACUGCCAACGCUUACUGCCACUUUGGUUCCUCUGCCACUUACAACAAGGCCACGGACCCCAUCUAUCUCGGCCCCGACUUUGUCCGCGAGCAGCAGCAGAUGGAGAUGGCAUCGCAAUACGGUGCCUUUGAGCAGUUCCGCGGUGCCGACACCAUGGACGUCAUAAUAGGUCUACUUUACCUUGCAGAUAGAGGUACGUCUCAAUACACCCCUCACACUCCAUACUAUGCUAUGAUUUCAAGCUGGUGA